AUGUUUGCACAGAACACGGUGGUGGUGGAGCGAUGGUGGAAGGUGCCUUUAUCGAAAAUCGGCAGUCCGCCGAGGCUUCACCCUCGAAGACACCGAAUCUACAAGCUGGUUGAAGACACCAAACACUCUCCCAACGAGAAGAUGGAGCUCAUCCUGACUCAGACUGUACCCAGGCUCGGUGGGCGAGGAGAAACUGUGCUUGUUAAAAAGUCUAUCGGCAGAAAUAAGCUGCUGCCCCAAGGCCUCGCAGUGUAUCCUUCGCCGGAGAACAAAGAGAUGUUUGCCGAGGAGACGAGACUUCUGCGUGAGGGGAAACCAGAGGAUAGAAUCCAAACACGCACCGGACUAUUGACAGUGGAGCUCCUUAAAAAAACCCAGGUGAAGAUACAGAAAGUACCCACAGAUGAAUUCCAGGUCACUAAAGAGGUCGUCUGCCGACACUUUCAGAAGCGGCUGGGAAUCGUCGUGCCAACUCAUGCACUGACUCUCCCAUCCGAGUCAAUCAAGGACUUGGGUGACUACUGGUGUGAAGUUACG